GUUGGUAGUAGAAGUUUGACAAGUUUUCUUCCCGCGCUUUUCAACUACCUUAUACCUUAUUUUACGUUUGUCGGUUUAACGGUUGGAAAAUUUUGCGCCAUUUCACAUUACGGCUUUGAUCGUGCUACUGCCAACAACAGGGAAGUUUCCAAGAUGUCUCUAUUCAAAGAAAACAAAGAAAAUGUUUCAUCUAACGUGCUGUCCGAGAAAAUUAUCAACACAGAUAACUUGAGUAUUAAAUCGCUAGUACUAUCCACGUCGCCGCCCUCUAAGGAGAAAUUCGAUCCGGAAAUAGAGCCGCUACUGAAAGAAAACCCGCGCCGCUUUGUUAUCUUUCCCAUACAGUAUCCAGACAUUUGGGCCAAGUACAAGGAAGCUGAAGCAUCUUUUUGGACAACUGAAGAAGUAGACUUAUCGAAGGAUACAGCCGACUGGGAGAAGUUAACUGCCGACGAGCGUCAUUUCAUUUCACACGUGCUCGCCUUCUUUGCCGCCUCCGAUGGCAUCGUUAAUGAAAAUCUCGUGGAAAGGUUCAGUCAGGAAGUACAGGUUACUGAGGCCAGAUGCUUUUAUGGCUUCCAGAUUGCAAUUGAAAACGUUCAUUCUGAGAUGUACAGCAUGUUGAUUGAGACCUAUAUUGCUGAUGAGAAAGAGAAAGAGUUUUUAUUCAAUGCUGUUGAGACUUUACCUUGUGUAACCAAAAAAGCCAACUGGGCACUGAACUGGAUCAGUAGCAAAGAGGCAACUUUUGGUGAACGAAUCGUUGCUUUUGCAGCCGUUGAAGGCAUUUUCUUCUCUGGAUCAUUCGCGUCUAUCUUCUGGUUGAAGAAGCGCGGUUUGAUGCCCGGUCUAACAUUUUCAAACGAGUUGAUUUCCCGCGAUGAAGGACUACACUGCGAUUUUGCUUGCUUGAUGUUCUCACAUUUGGUACAGAAACCUUCUAAGGAGCGCGUGACGAGUAUCAUUCGUGAGGCAGUGAAGAUCGAGCAGGAGUUCUUAACCGAUGCUCUGCCGGUUAGUUUGAUUGGAAUGAACUGCAAACUGAUGUGUCAAUACAUCGAAUUUGUUGCGGACCGCUUGCUGGGUGAGCUUCAAUGUGACAAAAUUUACAAUGCGACCAAUCCAUUUGAUUUUAUGACGAUUAUUUCGACCGAUGGAAAAACGAACUUCUUUGAGAAGAAAGUCGGCGAGUACCAGAAGGCCGGAGUAAUGAAUAAUGUAUCCGAUAAUGAUUUUACUUUCGGCGCUGAUUUUUAAUUGAAUCUCCUAUUUUACUCUUUUACCAUGCUUAAUUUUAGUGAUAUUUUUAUUACAUUGUAACUCAAAGCUUUUAAUUACUAUUUACAUCAUUUAACGUAAGAUAAUAAAUUAAUAUGUAUUACGACAUAUAAUAAAUAAUUCUACUUUAA